CAACUCGCAGUUGCGCAUACGGAUGUAUCAUAGCCAGCUUGUCCGGUUGUGUCUGAACACCAAACGGAUCUGCUCUUCAAAAUUUUUGAUUUUACAAGCUUUGUAAUUGAAGACACUCCUGGGCCUCCUUCCUGCAGGUCCGGAUGGAGUUCCCGUGGCAGGAGCGCCCCCUGCUUGCCGGGAACGGUAGUGUAGCGCACGUGGACAACAGCAGCUGCUUUAGCAGCACUCAGAGCACUGUUCUUAAGGGGGUCAGCUUCGGGGGCGUGCCUGUGGUGCUGCUCAUCGACUUCACUGUCUUUCUGGUGCUGCUCCUCCUGUUCUCCGCCAUCAGGGGGAAGCUGUGGGACUACGGCCGGCUGGCGCUCGUCUCCGACAGCGAAGGGUUCAAUGAAACGUCCCACCGUCGCUACGGACGCACGCUGUCUAGUGGGGAGGAGCCUGAGCAUGAAAUGGGGUUCUGCUCCUGGUUGCCGUUCAUCAUCAGGAUGGACGAGGACAAGGUGAAGGCCAGGUGUGGUAUAGAUGCCGUUCACUACCUGUCCUUCCAGCGUCACCUGAUCAUCCUGAUGGUGCUCAUCACCAUCACCUCCGUGUCUGUCAUCCUGCCUGUCAACAUGUCUGGAGACCUUCUGGGAAAUGACCCCUACAGUUUUGGGAGGACAACAGUUGGUAAUCUCCAGAAAGGGAACAACCUGUUGUGGCUGCACACCGUGUUCGCAGUGCUCUACCUCAUCCUGACGGUGGCGCUGCUCAGGAGACACACCUCCCAGAUAAAGGGCAUGCGCAGAGAGACGGCCAGAACCACUCUGUUUGUGCGUCCCAUCCCUAAAGAAGCCAGCGACCAGGACAUCCAGACCCACUUCAGUGAGGCCUACCCCACAUGCCGAGUGGCUGAUGUACAUCUGAGCUACGACGUGGCCAAACUCAUGCACCUCGACAAGGAGAGGAAACGAGCAGAGAAGAACCUGCGUUACUACGAGCGUGAGCUGGAGCGCCGGGGGAGGAGGGAGGGGAUCAACCCCCGUCUGUGUGGUCUGCUCUGCUGCUGCACCACCCGCCACUGUGAGGAGGUGGAUGCUAUAGACUUCUACAGCCAGCAGCAGGCCAGCCUGCAGGAGCAGGUGCAUACCCAGAGAGAGCUGGUCCCACAGCGCCCCCUAGGGAUGGCCUUCGUCACCCUGCAGUCUGAGGCCAUGGCCACAUACAUCCUGAGAGACUUCAACGCGCUGGCCUGUGGGGGCGGGGCCAGUGACGGGUCAGUCAGGUGUGUGUGUGGAUGGGAGCCCCAGCCCUCGUCUGUCAGCCCGGCCCUGAAGGUGAAGCAGUGGAGAGUGCAGUAUGCCCCGAACCCCAGGAACGUCUACUGGGAGAACUUGUCUGUCCAGGGGAUCUGCUGGUGGCUGCGAGUGCUGCUGCUGAAUCUCUUCCUGCUGGUUCUCCUCACCUUCCUCACCACCCCCUCCAUCAUCAUCAGCACCAUGGACAAGUUCAACGUCACCAAGCCCAUCUACUACCUCAACAGUGCUGUGGUCAGUCAGUUCUUCCCCACUCUGCUGCUGUGGUCCUUUUCUUCUCUGCUGCCCACUGUCGUCUACUACUCUACCCUGGGAGAGGCUCACUGGAGCAGGUCCAGUGAGCAGUUGAGCAUGAUGCACAAGCUGUACAUCUUCCUACUGUUCAUGGUUCUGAUCCUGCCUUCCCUCGGACUCACCAGUCUGGCUGUGUUCUUCCGCUGGCUGUUUGAUAAGGAGUUCCUGUCAGACGGCAAGCUGAGGUUUGAGUGUGUGUUCCUACCUGACCAGGGGGCGUUCUUCGUCAAUUAUGUCAUAGCAGCCGGCUUGGUGGGCUCUGGCAUGGAGCUUCUCCGGUUGCCAGGGUUACUGCUGUACACCAUCCGCAUGAUGUUGGCCCGCUCCGCCGCCGAGAGGAAGUACGUCACCCAGAACCAGGCGUAUGAGUGUGAGUACGGGUCCAUGUAUGGCUGGACUCUGUGUGUGUUCACCGUCAUCAUGGCCUACAGCAUCAUCUGCCCUGUCAUCGUGCCCUUUGGUCUGUUGUACCUGCUGCUGAGACACCUGGUGGAUAAACACAACCUGUACUAUGCCUUCCUACCUGCUCGCCUGGAUCGGCAGGUGCACCUGGGAGCUGUCAAUCAAGCUCUGGCCGCACCCAUCAUUUGCCUCAUCUGGCUGUACUUCUUCUCUGUCCUCCGGACAGGUUUCAUGGCUGACACCUCUCUCUUCACUCUGGUGGUCAUGUGCAUCACCAUCUUCAUCUGCAUCAGCUACACCUGCUUUGGACACUUCAAAUACCUCAGCCCACACAACUACGUGGUAAAGGAGGAGGAGGAUGCUGAAGGACUGCAGGAGAACAGCACGCCCUACCUUCCCACAGUCCUUUACAACACGCCCGCCGCAUCACCAGAGGGGGGGAAAUCCUACCUAUCGUAUGGCUCGACCGAAGGAAGCCCCGCCCACACCAGCCCAUUGGACGACAAUCCCCUGGAGUCAUAGAGGAUUGGUUCUUCUGAACCAGCCAGGUCCACGCAGCCAAUCUGGAACACACCCCAACAUCUCCAACUGUAGGAGACACUGGGAACCAAUCAGCAGGCCACAUUCCACACCUCACCCUAGCUAGCCACCCUCCAGCCCCCCUCACCCUAGCUAGCCACCCUCCAGCCCCCCUCACCCUAGCUAGCCACCCUCCAGCCCCCCUCACCUUAACUACCCACCCUUCAUCCCCCUCACCUUAGCUACCCACCCUCCAGCCCUCUUCCAGAAACCUUAGCAGAAUAAAGCGAACAGAAAUCUGGGUGCCUUAGCCAUAGAUCAAUCAUGCAGUAUUGACAUAUCUAUUAUCUCAUAUGCUUUUACCGGGUCUCACUGCCGACUCUUUCUUUGCCUCAAGUGCCCUCUUAAACUACUGGUAUGCCCAAAGACCUUCAGCGAUAACUGUCCAAGCCUGGACGACCUUCUGACCCCUGGAGACCCAGAGACUGGGACGCACUGGUGGUCAUGGUUACUGCAACACAGUACACUGCACAUUCCUGUUUGUACUGUACACAGUCUAGUCAUGCUCAGAGGGAGAUGUCUUACCAACAGAUGGCAGGAUUGUACCAUGGAUGUUUGUAUGUUUUAUAGAACUGCUGCUCUAUGCCACCAAGACUUUCAAAGGUAAUAUUUGCAAAACACCAAAAGUAUUGAAACGUCUUGAGUCAGGGCUAUUGCAAGGCGAGUUCAUGUAUUUACAUGUGAAUGUAAGGAUACAUUCGUUUAACUGUUUUUCAUAAGUGAUGGGUCAAAACAUUUUUUUAAGUGCUUUCCAAAGUGGUUGUGCUAAAUAAAAUUCUAGUGUGGACAGUUCUUUUUACAACGUUUGUUUAAAUGUUGAUUAAUCUGUCCAAAGUUGAAUAUUUAUAUAUGUAACUAUGGGAACUGGAACUAUACUUUUUAUACUUUUCAUGUUUUUCCUUUAUGAAGUUUAAUUUUAAACUAAUUGUAAAUCAGUUUAAAUUUGCCGGAAUAGUUGUUCAGGCUUACAGAGCAUGGCAGUGGACAGGCCUGCAGAUGAACUGGUAGUGCUGUUGUCCUCUUCUCAUGUUGCUAAUAAAGAUUUGAGAUUGAUUUGGAAUUAGUCCUCAACAAGCCUCA